AUGGUUAAGUUUCUGAAGCCUAACAAGGCCAUCAUCAUCCUCCAGGGCCGCUACGCCGGACGCAAGGCCGUGAUCGUUCGCGCCUUCGACGACGGCACUCGCGAUCGUCCCUAUGGCCACUGUUUGGUUGCGGGGAUAAAGAAGUAUCCCAGCAAGGUUAUCCGCAAGGACUCGGCGAAGAAGACUGCCAAGAAAUCCAGGGUAAAGCCCUUCGUCAAGCUCGUGAACUACCAGCACCUCAUGCCCACUCGCUACACCCUGGAUGUGGAUCUCAAGGACGUCGUCAACGUUGAAGCUUUCGCGACCAAGGACAAGAAGGUGACUGCAUUGAAGGAGACCAAGAAGCGCUUCGAGGAGCGGUUCAAGACCGGGAAGAACAGGUGGUUCUUCACCAAGCUCAGGUUCUGA